CUAGGUGCAUCCCUUUCACUUAGAUUUAUUCUAGCCGCUCUAAUAUUGGUCAUGUCUCUGAUAUCCCACCUGGUGAAUUCUUUCAAAGCCUAUAUCCGAAAGGAAGGCGAUGAAUCCAGUUCAGGUGCACAUGAAGUGAAUGGCGAAACUGAACAGAACGAAGAGGUCGAACAACAAAACAGCAGGAUCUCCGAUGAAUUAUACGCAGAGCGGAAAAUGGCUAUCCGAAAAGCAACGAGAGCAGCAGAAAGAGAGGCAGCCAUGAAAGAGCUGGAGUUGAUUAGGGAUUCAGUUACCGACCCGCUAGAGGAACGUAACUGGCUGCCGGACUGGGUCUCGUGGGAGGAGCAUCACAAGUACCAGAAGCGAGUGGAGCGCACCGACCAGAUGAAGGAGAUGACAAUUUCCGUAAUCAUCUUACGCGUGCAACGCGGAUUGGAAGCUCAGGAUUGGACAGCCGCUGAGAAGUCAGCAAAUGAGGCUAUGAAGCUUGCCCGACAAUUGGAAUUUCUUCCGCUCGUAGGAAGAUGCGCUUUUUGGAAGGGUCUGGCAGAGUUCAGCCAGAAGAAGUACAAAGAGGCGCUCGCGUCCUUGCACGAAGCUAGGUCAUGCGUCGAUGUCUAUCCGGAAGGCAAUGAGGUAUUGGAUUGCAUCAUGGAGGCUGAAGAUAAAUGGAGAACCCAGAGUGGUCUAUCUAGAAAUUGA